AUGUUGGAGGACCUUGAAGUUGACUAUGUUGGCUUUUUAUCUCCGCAACAAGAUGAAGGCUGGAUACAGUCACAAUAUUUAAGCGGUCAUUCGCACCUGGGCACUUCAAAUGCCUUCGAUACUAGCAUGAAUCAUCAAGAUGAUAAUGCAAGUGUCGAAUCUGAGGAUGAUGAUGAAGAGGAUGGCUUACAAAUUAAUAACAUGACGUGUUUUAUAGAUCGUGAUGAAGGGGACAACCAUUAUAUUGAUGGAUAUUAUACUAAUAAUGAAUUCGAGCUCCUCUUCAUCGUUGCCGUCGUCGGAGUUAUCGCCGCCUCCUCCCCUAAAAUCCCUAAUUCGAGCUCCUCCUCUGAUUCGAGCUCCGCCUCCUUCAUUUGUAGAUUCGAGCUCCUCUACCUCCUCCUCCUCCUCCUCCUUCGUCGCUACUGCCUUUUGUCCUCUACAUUGAAAGCUUGCACUUCCAUCUUGAGUGAACAGGUGGCUAACCGCAUAGAUUGGGGACUUCAUUAUGCAACUAAUCUUUGUGGUAUCAAGAAUUCUGUUCUGAUCUCAGAGCUUAGGAGCGCAUCUUUUCUCAAAACAGCUUCUAACAAUGUGCAUCGCAAGAUGUGGAAUCGACUAGGAGAAGAAUGGGAAAAUGAAGCUGCGACGCUAAUUAAGUAUGGUUUUCAGUUCCUGCUGAUGGAAACCAAUGCCCAACUGUGGUACAUAGUAGGGGAGUAUAUCUCAUCUUCUGAGGAUUGUGGCGUGGACCCCACAGAUCUGAUAUCGUUUCUUCUUGAGCUUAGUUUUCAUACCAUGGGCAAGUGGGUGAUUCUAGAUCAAGUUCAAAAGAGAAGAGAUCAUUUGAGGUACAGAAAUGAUGAAAGCCAAGAUUGAGAUUGAUACUGACAGGUUCCUAGUGAGUAUUUGACAUUGAGGAACAAGUUUUUGGAAACACAUAGAGAAUAUAGUCUUUGACCGAGAAGUUUCAUGUUUUGUAAUAAAAUGUUGAAGUACAUUGUUUGAAUGUUAGUUCGGUACAAUAUUUUCUGAGUUGAAAUGUUGGUAGUGUGGAUUUAAUACUUUGUAGUUUUUAUACUAUACUGAUGUAUGUUGGCACUUAUCAUUAUGGUUGAUUA